UGGCCGUUGCAUUAUCCCCAAAGAAAGCCGGUUUCCACCAGAACAUUCCAGAGGGAAGGGAAAGAAAAAAAGGGGAACAGACAGAGCCAGAGGAAUCGGAAAAGAUGAAAGGAUCGACAACGGAGACCAAGUUCUUGCAGGAACUGGUGUUGUAUGCCGCCAGCGCCGCCCUCAGUUGUCUCGUGCUGUUCGUCGGCCUCAAACAUCUUGAUCCUAAUCGAGAGGCUUCAAAGAAAGCAUUGGAACAGAAGAAAGAAAUCUCUAAGCGCUUAGGCCGUCCUCUUAUCCAAACAAGUCCGUACGAGGAUGUCAUUGCAUGCAACGUGAUAAAUCCUGAUCACAUUGAUGUGGAAUUUAACUCCAUUGGAGGGUUAGAUUCCAUCAAGCAAGCACUAUAUGAAUUGGUCAUAUUACCUCUACGUAGGCCUGAGCUCUUUUCUUACGGGAAGCUCCUUGGUCCCCAGAAAGGUGUUUUGUUGUAUGGCCCACCUGGUACAGGGAAGACUAUGCUUGCAAAAGCUAUUGCGAAAGAGUCUGGAGCAGUUUUCAUCAAUGUGAGAAUAUCAGAUCUGAUGAGCAAAUGGUUUGGAGACGCACAAAAACUUGUUGCUGCUGUAUUUAGUUUGGCAUACAAGCUCCAGCCUGCCAUAAUAUUUAUCGAUGAGGUCGAUAGUUUUCUUGGUCAGCGCCGAACUACGGACCAUGAAGCGUUAACCAAUAUGAAGACCGAGUUUAUGGCUCUAUGGGAUGGUUUUACCACAGACCAGAAUGCUCGAGUGAUGGUUCUUGCUGCAACCAAUCGUCCUUCAGAACUUGAUGAAGCAAUACUCAGACGCCUUCCGCAGGCAUUUGAAAUCGGGAUACCUGACCGCAAAGAAAGGGCUCAGAUAUUGAAGGUGAUUUUAAAGGGUGAGAGAGUAGAAGACAACAUUGACCUUGACUACGUAGCUGCCAUGUGUGAAGGUUAUACAGGCUCAGAUCUUCUGGAGCUCUGCAAGCAAGCAGCCUAUUUUCCCAUCAGGGAUCUACUAGAUGAUGAGAAGAAGGGAAAGUCAUCACAUUGGCCAAGACCAUUAUCACAAGCAGAUCUAGAGAAGGUGGUUGUGACAUCCAAAAAGACGAGGGUUGCAGCUAGUGAAUACAGUGGUUUGGGUUCACAACCAGAGGUAUGGUCAGGGCCAAGGCAAACAGAUGAUUAUCAAGUUCAAGCUGCCAUCAGCGAGCUUUCCAAAAUUGUCGUCUCUCAGUUUCUGAAUAUCAGAUCAGCAGAUAGCCAAGAUCGUGAAGAUAAUUGAUAGGUCAAGAUUCAGAUAUCCUAGGUUUCCUCUCCCAAUUUUGAAUAGUAACGAUUUUACGUCAUUAUUAUGUGCCAAUAGCCUCAGGUGAAAUGGAAUGGGAAAUUUGACUAACUUAUCCCAUGAUAUGUUUAUGCAAAAAGUGGUGCUACAAUACGAUAUUAGUAUGCAACUUUAAGAGCUAAGUUCUGUUGGGAUCGAACGCUGUAUCAGUUCAAUAACAGAAUUAUGUGAUGGAUGUAACUAUUUGAUUUGGGUUAAGAUGUGAUUGUUGAUGUUUUAUUUAA